AUGCAGAUAGAAGUUCAUCGCCCAGAAGCAUAUGCGGGCCAAACGAAUGAAGCGGUCGUUCCAGCUAAGACAGGUGUUGUUGCUAGAACUUCAUGGGACGACGAUACUGAAGUUGUUCCUGCAGCUGACAGACCUCAUGCAGCAUCUCCUGCUAUGACACCACCUGCAGCUCCUGCUCAACCCACUACCGUGCAAUUCAGCGGAUUCAGCCAGUCGCCAAUCAUUACCCUACCAUCACUGGAUAGAACAUCACAGCCAUCAUUGGAUCGUUCUCGACUACGUCUUGGUUACUAUGUCUUCACUACUUUCGGUCAGCUUUUGGGACAAACCCCAGACGUUAUUGUGAAUAGCUACGUGAUUGGAGCCUCUGUGGACGACGCCACAAGAAGUUUGAAGCUUCCCGACGAUGAACCGGCCACGUUCACCUUCUACCAUCUGGUGAAGAACGGCGUCAGCAAUCCACGAUGCGUAUACUGGGAUCUGGAUGAGAAGACCUGGAGCACGGAUGGAUGCCGUAUGAUCUCAACAAAUGACGAUGCCACUCCAGUGUGCAUGUAA